AAAUAAAAAAAUAAAUUAAUAGAAAUAACUUACAUUAUUUGAGCGAACGACGUCGUUUAAUCGCCGACACGCGUUUUGAAGCAAGCAAAUAAUAGAGUGUGGGCCACAUAUUCCAUUUCAGAUCAGAUUCCAUUUUACUCAAAAAAAAAAAAAAAAAAAAAAUCACAUUCCAUUUAAAACUUAAAAACAAAAUCAAAAUUAAAUUUUUUUUUUUAAAAAAAAUAGAUAAAUAAUUGGAAUCCUAAUUCAGUUUGGUUUUAUCUAUAAAACAAUAUAAAUAAUGGGUUGAUCAAAACACAACUACCCCAAAGGGUGGCAAUCUUUUCUGAAUUGGAAUCUUCAAUUUGAUUGAUCAAAAAAGCCUUCAAUCUUUUCGUCUUCUCUGGUUCUCCAAAUUAGGGUUUCUGGUUAAAACCCCCCAAUUUAAUCGAUUUCAGAAACCCUAAUUUGCUGAAAAUCGUCGCUUUGAUUUCUUUAUUCUUCUUCGAUUAUUACCGUUUGGCAGGAGCAACGUUUUGCUAACCACUCAUAGCUGCCGGCCGUAGAUGAAGCACGAGAAGAAGAAAAAGAAGAGGAGAACUUCCCAGGCUCCAAAGAAGAUCGACCCUGUGAACGAAGAGAAGAAGGUGGUUCAAGCGCUUGCUGAAGCUUUCUCUUCCGCCUCUUUGGAUGAUGCCAUCUCUGCUUACCGGGAAGCCAAAGGUGAUCCGGAUAAGGCUGCUGAGAUAUUAGGGCGAUCCUUGUAUGAGAGUUCUGACGAUCCGUCUACGAGCUCCACAUCGGGUGAAUGCUCGGGCUCUGGAUCGUCAGAUGGUUAUGUGGAGAUGAGUUACGUUGACAAUUUUGUGAAGGAGAAGGAUUCUAGAGCUUGUAAGCAGAAGAGGCAAAUUGCGGCCACUGGUACUGUGUCUACAGUUCUGGGAAAGGAGUACAUGAAUUCGAGCCCGAGAAAGGAUCCAAGAACGAUGAGUAUGAAGCUGAAGGGUUUUGGUAAUGGGGGUUUCGACGAGGAGAAGGCUGAACAGUUUCUUUGUUCUAUGCUUGGAGAAGAGUCUGAGCUGAACUUGGCGAUUGUUAGAGAUGUUCUGUGUCAAUGUGGAUAUGAUGUAGAAAAGGCCUUGGAUGCGUUGCUAGAUUUAUCAUCUUCUUAUGAUCAGUCUACAAAUGGUCCUACUCCUAGCUAUAGUCUGAGCUACAAAGACAAUAGUAGAUAUCCUAACGAAAAUUGUGAUAAUCUUACUGAUAAGGUCUCUGAUUGCUCCUCUCUUUCAUCUGAAUGUGAGCUACAUGAUAGUAUAUGGUCUGUGGAUUGUGGUUGCAGGAGGAACUAUAAGGAUGUUCUUGCUAGCUCUGAUAGUCAUUCUCCUGCUAACAAAAGGAGUACUGAAUCAGGUCUCUCUCAGAGCGUGUUGGAUUCUUUGUUUAAUAUCUCCAAGAGUCCUACAUAUCAACCGCAAGUAAUGAAUUGGAGAAAUGUUGCAAAGAAAUUGCAGCUGCUGGGACCCCAAUUUGAUGUUUGUCCGUCUAGUGAUUCAAAUGCACAGCAGGAUAUUUAUGCUAAAGGAGAUGAAUAUCAUGCUUUUAGAAAAACUGCAAAUCAACAAUGGAGCUCAGUAAGGUCCUGCUAUGAGAAAGCAGCAACAGCAUAUUCAAACGGGGCGAAGGAAUAUGCUGCGUACCUUUCUGAGAAGGGGCAGGAACAAACUAAAUUGGCACAGAAAGCUAGUGAAAGGGCCAGCAAGGACAUUUUUAAAGCUAGAAACAAGAGUAUACAAAAUGUGAUAACUAUUGAUUUGCAUGGGCAACAUGUUAGUCCAGCAAUGAGGCUCUUAAAAAUGCAUCUCAUAUUUGUUUCUUAUGCACAGACGGUUCAGAUCCUCAGGGUUAUAACAGGAUGCGGGACUCAUGGUAUGGGCAGGUCAAAGCUAAAACAAGCGGUAAUCAAACUUCUGGAGAAAGAGGGUGUUGAAUGGAGUGAAGAGAAUCGGGGAAUUGUGCUUAUCAAGCUAGAUGGACACAGAGAAUUCAGCUUCAUAGAUUCCGAGAGUGACACAGAGUGACGUUACUGACUAAUUAGUGUCUGUAUAUUAGUCUGUUCAUUCACUUGUAAGCCUUGUGUAACCUGGUGUCCUAGGCUCUAGGUUAGAUAUCAAAUAUCUGUGUAUAUCAACACUCGUAACUCUAAAUUAGUUGAUGGGAUACUCUGCUUUGACAUAACAACCAUGUAUCUUAGUUCUCGACUCGACAGUAGAAACUUCAUUAUGACAUUAUACUGACGAGGAUGUAAAUCAUGUUAUGAAAUAUACUUUUCUUAUUUAUUUGCAAA